GUUGGACAGUAGCAGCUCUGUGUGCUUCUUUCCUAUCAAUGUUGUGCAGUCACAGUGGAAAUGUGCGGCUUGCUCUUCCCCUGCAGCUGUAAGUUGUAUAUGCUCUGAGUUUGGCUCUGUGUGGGGCCGGUGGGGUCUUGAACCUAACAUCAGAAUGAAAAGCUGAGACAAGGAGGAAGAGAAGGAGGAAUAUGGGGGUGUGAGGAACCCCAGUUUGGCAACACUCGCUACUCCAAACAUCCUAGAGCAACCCCCCAAAAUCUAUAUGACAAAGAUCAGCAUGGAAAACCACACAGGAAGCGUCAUCACUUACAUCAGCUCCUCAAGUUCAGCCUCCAGUCCAUCCUCCUGCCACAGCGACAGCUCCAACAGCAGCUUUCAGUCUUCCUCGUCUCUGCCCUCUUCUCCCAGUAGCUCUUCAUCUGAGGGCAGUGGUGGUGGGAGCAGUGGAAAUGGCAGUGGCAAAAAAACCACCCUGUCCAACGAAGGCAUAGUCUGCAGGCACAUGGAAUCCCAGAGAAACCAGCAAGUGGACACAUUGUGCAUAAAGACCACCUAUACAAGUGCAGCAGUCCUGACCAAAGGUCAUGGAGCAUGUCCAUCUAAAAUCAGUGGCAUGGUCCUUCUGUGCAAAGUUUGUGGUGAUGUGGCCUCUGGGUUCCAUUAUGGAGUGCAUGCCUGUGAAGGCUGUAAGGGUUUCUUUCGUAGAAGUAUUCAACAAAAUAUUCAAUAUAAAAAGUGCCUCAAGAACGAGAGCUGCUCCAUCGUCAGGAUUAACAGAAACCGGUGCCAGCAAUGCCGCUUCAAAAAGUGUUUGUCUGUUGGGAUGUCGAGAGAUGCUGUUCGCUUUGGCCGAAUCCCAAAGCGUGAAAAGCAGAGAAUGCUGAUAGAGAUGCAGACCGUCAUGAAGACUAUGAUGAGCAGCCAAUUCAAUGGCUCAUCUCUUCAGGAAGUACUGCCAGAUUACCCAGCACCUUCAUCACUACAGCCACCACAUAAUGCACUAAAGAACCUGGGAUCCAAAAGUCAACAUUAUUCAGGAAAUAAAGCACUCACUCCUCCUUUGCCUCCUUCUCUUCCUCACCCUCCACCAGUCAUGCCAAUGGACAUUAGCAAAGAAGAUGUCAUUGGUACAGUCACAGGGGCUCAAAGGGAGACUUUUAGGUAUAACCAGGUGCCUGUGGAAUUUCCAUCUGAAGCAGGUCGGCAACAGGAAGAAAUACAUUCUAAUGUUCCACAUCUUAACAAUGACCACAUGACAAAUGGGAUCCGCACUGCUCAUUGUCCUGUUAAUAAAAACAAAAAGUAUAUAAAUGAGGCAGACAAUGACAAGAACUUCAUGCCCUAUCCAAAUGGGCCGGUCAAUUGCUUUUCCAAUGGGCACAACAUUUCCAAUGGUUUGAGCCACCGGGGGUGCAGCAGUGAAAAAAUGCUUGAUGUCUCCCAAGUCAAUAACGUAAAUGGUUACCCUUGCAACAGAGAAAGGAGGAUGCAUCUGGUAUGCCCCAUGAGUAUGACUCCAUUUAUGGACCCCAAUAAAUCAGGAACCCAGAUCUGGGAGGAGUUUUCCAUGAGUUUCACUCCUGCUGUUAAAGAGGUGGUUGAGUUUGCAAAGGGCAUUCCAGGAUUCAAAGACCUUUCACAGCAUGACCAGGUCAACUUGCUGAAGGUUGGAACAUUUGAGGUACUGAUGGUACGGUUUGCGUCACUGUUUGACGCAAAGGAACGUACUGUCACCUUCCUUAGUGGGAAGAAGUACAGUGUCGAUGAGUUACGCUCAAUGGGAGCUGGGGAUCUCCUGAACUCUGUCUUUGAAUUUAGCGAGAAACUCAGUGCUUUGCAACUUAGUGAGGAGGAGAUGAGUAUGUUCACAGCAGUUGUCCUGGUGUCUUCUGAUCGAUCUGGUAUCGAAAAUGUCAAUUCUGUUGAAGCACUACAGGAAACUUUGAUCCGUGCACUAAGGACUUUAAUUAUGAGGAACCACCAUAAUGAAGCGUCUACCUUUACAAAGCUCCUCCUGAAGCUACCUGAUCUGCGCUCUCUCAAUAAAAUGCACUCGGAAGAACUUCUGGCCUUUAAAAUUCACCCAUAGGCCUCUUAAUAAUUGUCUCACCAUCUGUCGUGUGAUAGAAUAUUGUUAGAUUUAGGCCUAUUACCGGUGGAGGUAUGGCACCCGCUCAGCUGACACUUACUUUUGGUGCUUUGUUGAAAAGCAAGCAGAGCUUGUGUAGCAGGUGUCUACACUCGUACUUUUCCCGUCUAGGCCUCACACUGACUGCAUUCACUUAGGGUUGUCCAAGUGGCAAAAUACCAUUCGUUGCCCACCAACUUCCGUUCAAUUUUAUAGGAUCAUAACAUCUCGCAGGCUCCAAGAAAAUAUUUUCAAAUCACUGAAGAGCUGUGCGAGUGAUUUUAAUAUGAACUUUCUGAUGUGAAAAUCGGUAAUGGAAUGAAGGUAUGAAUUUGCUCUUGCACCAAAAAUAAACAAACCGUUAGCAGUAGAACUGCUUUUAGCAAGUAGAGUGAAUACGAUGUACUGUACUACAGGGUUUUUAUAAAAAACUCUUUCAAUCUUAUAUAUAUAUAUAUAGCUCUGUCAUAUUUCUGAAUGCUUUACCAGAUUUAAUCAUAUGUGCCUCUACUGAAUCUGUAUACUCUUCUGCUGCAGAUACCUGGCACCUGUGAGUAAUUAUUUUUCUAAAUAUAUUGAUGUACAUAGAAUUAUAACUACUGUAUAUCAUCUUUUACCAAGGUGUCCUGAAAAUGUAAAUAUUCAUAUUCAUAGUGUUACAGAUAAUUUUAUAUAUAGAUAUAUAUAUAUACAGUUCCAAAGGUGCACUCCGUAGACCAAGGCAAUACCUGGGUGCUCAGCAAUGAAGGUAAAUAGAGAUUUGCAAAAUAGCGGCACUCACA